CUCCCCUUUGAGAUGCCAGAAGUUAUUUCCUCUUGAAGCUGACUUCCUUUCUGGAAAUGAUUUUAGUCUCCAACCAUGUUGAACUCUCUUUUCUCAGUCACUCAUUCCAUCUUACUUGCUUUUUUCUCUCAUUUGCUACUGCAUCUGAAUAGAUCUUCUGACGAUUUUGCCAUGGGGUGCGGACUGAGAAAGCUAGAAGACCCAGAUGAUAGCAGCCCUGGAAAAAUAUUUUCUACAUUGAAGAGACCACAAGUUGAAACAAAGACAGACUCUGCUUAUGAAUAUGUAUUACUGGAUUUUACUUUAGAAGCGUCCCCAAAUCCAGAAGUUAUCAAAAUCAGUUCAAUGUUGGAUAUAGCAUCAAAAGUGGAAGAGUAUUACAUAAAAGGAUAUGUUGUAGGAGCCAUUCAUCCUAUUAUCCUGCCUAUUGGACGAAGAAAGCAUUUUCCUGCAAGCUAUAUGUAUCGAGUGGUACUCUCACGACUCAAAUUAAGCCAGAAGCAUACAGCACCCAGAGGACAAAGACACCCCAGGCUUGUGAUUGAGGAAUGUCCUUUAAUGUGUGAAACACUGACAAAUGAGGUAGUGAAAGGACUGUUAGAAAAGGUGAAUGAAGCUGCUAAAAGAGGAAUGAAAUUUGUUGGGUUUAUAACACAGCAUUUUCCUCAACCUAAAUUCUGUAAUGGCACAAACACGGAUGUUAAUGUGGAUUCUGAAUCAACACUAAGCAGAAAGAGUAGAGAGCACAGGAGAGACUGUGCUGAAGAGAACUAUAAAAACUGGCAUCAAGGGACAUUAAGUGGACAGUCUUCUGAAAGUGGAAUAGAAGAAGUUCAGCCAGAAAGUGAACAGUUACAGGAUCCUAAUUUCCAGUUUGGAAAAGAAGGCAGUCCCAGCCCUACUAGACCAGGAAAAGGGGAAGAUAAGUUGUAUUCAGUCUUCAAUGUUUUUGAUGAUGAUUCAACCUGCUGGACAUAUCAUGAAGGCAUUUUGUCUAUGAAAGUAACAAGAAAAGGGUCAGUUAUUAGUUCCCUAGAUGCAGAUUGGCUAGAAUUAACCACCUUUUAUUAUAAACAAGGAUUAUCAUUAAUUGAUUCUUUUGUACACUGGGAUAUUUCUAAAGGAGACCACUUCCCUAAAUCUAUAGAAGGUUUUUUUUUAUACGAAGAAGAAGGUUCAGGAGUUCCAGGUUCUAACAGGAAAGGAAAUGAUGCAAUAGUUGUGGAACAAUGGACAGUCAUUGAGGGAUAUGAAAUCAAAACAGAUUAUGGACCUUUGCUACACACACUGGCGGAGUUUGGAUGGCUUCUUACAUGUGUGCUGCCUACACCCAUCAUCCGACACGACAGUGAAGGAAAUCUGGCCACAAAGCAAGUUGUUUUUCUUCAGAGACCUGUUAUGUGGAAUUCAACCAUCCAAACACCAGAGAAGAAAUCUGCAAGGCAGAGCAGAAGUGAAGAGAAAAGCAAAGUCUGUAGCAGAAGUAUUGGAUUAGACACAGCUACUUCUCACCCUGCAGAAAGUGGAAAUGCAUCAGUUGAGUUUCAUCUAUCUCCUACUAAAUCAUGCUGGAUCAAGGAGGAAUCUGCCCAGUAUGGAAGCUUCUCAGGGUUCAGCAGUAGUGAUGGUGUGCUAAAGGAACUGGAUGAUGGACAAUUUGAGCAGGAAGAUGGCGUAACUCAGGUCACUUGUAUGUGACCAAGUAAGUAACUGCAUUGGAGAGACCUGUAAAUAAUGAACACAAAUGUAAGAACUGAGAUUACUACACUACUUUAUGUGCAUUUGUAUAAUCCUCUGGUUUCCUCCAUGCUCAUAUCUUAUAUAUUUUUGCUUCUGCCAAGUUACACUCAUAACAAAACCUUAUUUGUAGUAAGACUACUACUGCAACAUACUUUGGUUUUAUGUCUGCUUUAAUGGGAUGCUCUAUUACUUGGUGUUUUGCUAACUUCAUUAAUGAUAUUUUCAAUAAUGCUUUUGACAACAGGCAAGAAAAUAUUAUAUAGAUUAGCAGUGCUUUUUGCUGAGUAAAAGCCAGUGUCAAUAGGAAAUCUUAAUAUUUUCCACAAAUGUGUGGAAAAUCAUGUUUUUCUAAGGGGGUCUAACAAACAACAUUGGAAAGUAAAAAAAAAAUUAAAAAAUAAAAUUAAGAAGUACUUUACUCCUUUUUUGUUUUAAUAGAAAUAAUAGUCACUUCAUUUGCCUGUUGUAAAUUCAGAAGCCUGUAAAACAGAAAUGUCAAAUGUGGGACUUUCAACCUGAAUGAGGAACAGCAUGAAAUACUGGUACCUGAUGGAGAAGGUUACAUUCUGGUUUGUAAUGUUCUUACAAGAAAAAGCCUGGGAAGUGGGAGCAUAUUCUGUUUUUGUCCAAAUUCAAAUGGGGGGAGCAAGGAAAGGCAAUCUACAACCAAGCCAAAGAGUAUCCAAGCACAAAGAUACUUUAUGCAAAAA